GCAAAAUGGUGCUGGAUGAGAGUAAGAGGAGUGACACCGACAUACACAAAGUGCUUAGCAUUACCCUAAAGCAAAGAGCCUUUUAUGACAUGGAUACCUUUCCAUUACGCAAUACGUAGACAGGUUGACACAGGCAUGUGGAGAGGAACAUAUGAACUCAUCGUCGUCAUUUAUAUAACUCUGGAAGAGAGAGAAGUUACUGCAGAAGACAUCGCCUCGAGCAACAUUUUGUUAUUUUGGAGGUAACAUUUUACAUGCAUCAUGAACUCUCCUGCAUUUUUAAGUGAUGUUCGUCGUUAUUCGCUCUGGAGUACAAAACGCAAGAUUUCCAUCGUCGAAAGGCUUCAAUAAUUUUAAUUCUUAGGUAUGUGCUUCUGUGAACAAAAUGAACACAUACUGCAGGAAAAAAUAGCAUAUUAAACUGCUGGGUUAAAAUGAGAUGAUCUGCGUUGGCAUGGCAUCGCUUUCACAUUCUUAUUAUUUUGCAAAACAUGUCAAAUUAAUAGAUAUUGCGAAAGUUAAAAGUUAACGUGCAGUUCUUCUGCGCCGACUUGGUGAGCGGUGGUGCUGUGUAUUCCGUGCCGAGCAGCGAUAAUAACAGUCGGAUGGUCACAGUAGAAGCGGAUUUUGGAAUUUUAAACUCCACCGUGUACCAACAAAAACUAUAUACCGAAAAACAAUAUAAACUCGAUAUAGAAAACUAAGACGUUGAAACAGAAGAGAUUCAAGUCAAAGUGAAGGGCGGCGCAGGAUAAACGGAAUAUCCCUUAAAUAAGAUUGCAUUCUCCCCCAGCAGAAACAGGACUGGGUUUGUGUUCCCAUAAGAUAUUUGUGCAAAGAAUCAAACAGUGUUUGGAGACUGCAAUGCAAAAAUAGGAGAUGGAGGAUAACACGGGGUAUGGAGCAGGAUCCGGGUCGCCCUGCGAUUCCCCAAGCAGACUCCGGCAGAGUAUCACAUCGCAGGACCGGCAGCAGGGCAUUUUGAUCCAGCUCACCAGCACGGAGGGGGAGUGGGACAGUCCAAAUGAUGGCUGCCUCCUAUUCCCGCUGGAGCGAGAUGACGAGGGGUCUUUGAUCGCCGUGUCUAUGGAGAUACCCCAUCCCAAUGUCGCACAUUCAUCGGACAGCCAAGUCCUUCACUGCCCCAGUUUACACGUCCCCUUGUCCCCCUCUUCCCCCGGCUCCCUAGGGGAUUUCUGCCUUCCAGCCCCCAACUUCCUCAACCCAAACUCGACCCCAGGCCACAGCGCCAAGCCAUUUGCGAACCUCGUCAAGUCCCUGUCCACAGAGGUUGAUUCCAAGGAGGCCUCCCUCAAGACCAAGCCCUUUCUCAAUCUGGUCAAGUCCAUCUCCACAGAGAUCAGCCUCAGCCAGCCAGAAGUCUCCCAGUCCAGGUCGGACUCCAAGCUGAACAUACACCUCUGGAGGCAGUUUACCCAGCCGAAGGGGCGCAAUGGGGACUCCAGGACAGCUCCGCCAUCACCCAGCAGCCUCUCUCCCUCGGAGCCCAAGGGCGGCUUCUUUAAAGUGGAGCUGGAGGAUACCCGACGCAAGUUCUCAGAAGCCAUGCAGGAGCAAUUUAGCAUGAUCAGCAAAAUCAUGGGCGAUGAGAACUCCAGCAGCCCUAAGUGUCAGAGGCCAGUUAGACCAUGUGACUCCUCAAGGGGGGUUAGAGAAGGCAACACAUUUGGGGAUCCCUUUGCUGCAGAGGCUCAGGCCAGGAGCGCAAGGACAAUGGAUGCUGAUAUACUGUCCAAGAGAACUCGACCAAAGCCGUGUCUUUCUUCAGAGAAAGUGAGCACCAAGAGCAGGAGAUCUGAAAUGUGCACCAAUGACGAUGCCAAUCAGAGCAAAGACCCAUCCCAAGGGCUGCUGGGACAGCUGAUGUCCGCCCAGUAUUCCGCACCUGUGCCAGAGAAAUGGCUAUUUGCCCUGGCUGUGCUGGCUUACGGCUAUUUUACCCUGCCACUGCCCUCUUAUCUUUCAGGACUGUCACUUGGUAUAGCUUGUGGCUUCCUACUGGGACUUCUCCUCAUUCUCCUGUUGGUUCCCCAGCACCCUGUUCAACCUCAUAAAAAUUUGUCUGUGGAUGAAAACAUUCCACCUGAGAUCUUUGUUCUAGGACAUAAUGGCCCAUUGGCUCAGAAGGGCUGGAUGAAUCAGGCCCACGCGUACGACCCGGAGACCCACAGCCCGUCCCUCAGCCACUGCGUGUAUGCCACCCUGGAGGGCUCAUGGCUGCGACUGGCCUACCCCAGCAACAAUAUCCCCCGCUGGGCAGCCUUCAGUGAGCAGCCUUUUGAAGGCGACUUUGUCAGCUCAUGCCGCUACCAGCUGGCCAAUAGCAAGGUCUUCCUCUUGCCUUCGCUUCUGGCGCGCAAGAGACUGUGGAACAUGAAGUACCCCAUCUGCAUUGUGCUGGCUGAGGGAAAGGAAGGAGCAGAGGAGGAAUCCACAGAGGAGGCCUUUGAAGGAGAGCCAAGAGCAGGCAGGCAGGCAGCUCCUUCACUGCCCGCUCAGCCGACUACUCUCUUCCUCUUUGGGAGGACAGGAAGGGAGAAGGAGGAAUGGUUUCAGAACUUCCUGCGUGCUUCCAUGAUGAAAAGCCACAGUGGAUCUGGAUCCCAGUCUAGUAAUGGUGUGUCCCCACCUUGUGGCUCGAGUGAAUCAGCUUUGGUGCAGUGCACUGAUGGCUCCAGUAGAGGGAGCACUGACGACAUUCCCUCCCAGCUACACAUGAGGGACCUGGCUGUCAGCAUGAAAGAAAAGAUCCUAUUGGACUACAGCAAUUACAUGACACACUUCAUUGUACCAGCAAAUGCAAGCACUCUGCCCAGCCCCUGCCCCAGUAAUGAAGACAGUCCUACUGAGAAGAAGAAGUUUAUCUCUCAGCAUAUGGAGAGUCAUUCCGAAGCACAAAUUGCCUGGAUCAAUGCUCUUAUUGGGAGAAUCUUCUGGGACUUCCUGUGUGAAAAGUACUGGGCAGAUCUGGUGGCCCGGAAGAUUCAGAAGAAGCUAAGCAAGAUCAGGCUGCCGUACUUCAUGAACGAGCUCACGCUCACAGAACUGGACCUGGGCACCUGCAUGCCUCAGGUGACAAACAUCACGAGACCCUCCCUGGACCAGCGAGGCUUGUGGCUGGAGCUGGAUCUGGUCUACACUGGAUCCUUGCAGAUGACCCUGGAGACCAAAAUGAUCCUGUCCCGGCUGGGCAAGGACGGGGGCCUGGAGGCCGACAGUGCACCGGAGCCCGGAGGCUUGACCACGAGGUCCAGGCUCUGUGUCUUAGCUGACAGUGAUGAGGAGUCAUCAAGUGCGGGUUCCUCUGACGAAGAGGAAGUCCCGCCCUCUGACCUCCAGGGAUAUCAGGGCGAUAGAGGCACACCGCCUGGGUCUGAAGGCAGCCAUGGGGGAGGUCGCAAAAGCCGGAAGAUACUUUGGUUUGUUGACAAAAUCACCAAGUCCAAGUAUUUUCAGAAGGCCACUGAAAAUGAGUACAUCAAGAAGAUGAUGGAGGAAGUGUCCAGUACUCCUCUACUGCUAACUGUGGAGGUGCAGGAGCUGUCUGGGACCCUUGCAAUCAAUAUUCCACCUCCCCCCACGGACAGAAUAUGGUACAGCUUCUGCACUCCACCCAGACUGGACCUUCGCGUCAGGCCGAAACUGGGCGAGCGGGAAGUGACGCUCACCCACGUCACCGACUGGAUUGAGAAGAAGCUAGUGGAGGAGUUCCAGAAAGUUUUUGUGAUGCCAAACAUGGACGAUAUUUACUUGCCACUGAUGAAUUCUGCCCCGACCAGUCCUCCAAAGAAUGAGCAGACCCCAGCCCAACCAUCUUGCGGGGCCUCUAUGGAAUUAUGGGACAAGUCUUGUCAGGAGAGUCCUCCUGAGGGAGAGUAGCACCCCCCUGUGGUGACAUGUAUAAAACACAUCUCUGUGACAGAGCUGUGCCACGCAGCAUGAGACAGUAAAACAGAGUCCAGCACUCCUGAGCAUCAAAUUAAGGAGAACAUCAUCGCAGUUUAUAUGGUUUGUGGAACAUUGAUACAUUUUUAUUAAGAGCCUCAUCUUUUUGCAAUCCAACCCAUUUUAUAAGUUAAAGUGAUGCCUAUUUCAUAUUUAAACUUUACCCACUAGCUCAUCCACAUCCCCUUUUGGGAAAUGUUUCUAUUCUGCUUAAUCCUACCCCACCCUCAGAAUUCUCAGCCCUGGUUAUGGCUCAGAGCCUACAGGCAUUGCAGGAUUUGCUGCUGCACUGCAGCGAGAAAAUUAGGAAUAUUUCACAGUAGCCAUUAGCUUUGGGAAAGUCAAUUAUUCCUGAAAAAUGUAUUUCACGCUACUUUUAUACAAAACUUUGAAAUUUGUCAGACGGUUUAAUAGUGAGAAGACAAGAGAAUUUUUAAUUGCCAAGAGAACAGUGUACUGUCCGUUUGUGUACAGCUGAAUAAAACUCUAUGAGAAUGAAGCACAAAA